UUUCAAUUAAUACGUGCUACGUUUGGACAUGCAUGAAUGAUAUUUGCUGAUUCACCUGCCUAAAAGUCUGCUGUAUAGUCUAAAGUGUUUUCAAUGAUGUGCACAGUACACAGGAUAACGUAAUACUUAGUGUUACAGCUACCUAGAGCAUUCCAGUCUAUUAGGUAGUUGCACACUCGGAAAGCUGAUAUUUUGUGAUUUUCGAUGUAUGUUAAGUUCUUGAUUGAUGAAUUGUAACAAACUGGCCGCACACUGGACUUUUAAAGACCUUCAUAUUUUAUUGUCUUCCCGUCAUGACUCCUUGCACCAGAGUCAGGUAACAGGACUAGUCUACUUCUAAAAUAGGGGGGUUUAGUUGUAGUCAUCACAUGGUUCACAGUGCUUUUUUUUCAUAACAAGCCAGAAAACAGUGACGGCCGGGGUGUCGUGAUUACCACCAAGUGUUCUAAUUGUUUGGAGUAGCCAUGGGUCAUGCGUGUGCAAAUCCGAAUGCUUCCGCCAUGACCUUCUUGAGAGCAGCCGCAUUACGUGAUCGGCGUACAAAACCUUAACGUCACGUUUACAAACACGCAUUCUCAGGUAAGGUACCGUUACGUUAGGUAUACAACCCGGUCCCUCCGAUGUCUGCACACACCGUUGUCCUCCAGGUUUGGUAAUGUUUUGAAAUAAUAACCUUCUCGUUCGUCACAUUUGAACUGUCUAGUGGGUCUUCGACAUACAUUUCUCAGCCCUGUUUCAGAUGUGAAACCGUCACGGUCGAACACUAUACACAACAUGGCGGAAUCGAAACUUCUGAAUCGGCUCUCAGAAGACUUCCUCGAGUGUCAGAUCUGCCUGCAGCCCUACCACCGACCCAAGGUACUGCCUUGUCUUCAUUCCUUCUGCCUGCAGUGUCUUGAAGAGUUUCUGAAGAAGCAAAAGGUCAAAACUGAGUUAGAUUGCCCCACCUGUCGCAGCAAGACUUUACUUCCGGGUGGCGGGGUAGCGAAACUGAAAGAUAACUUCUUCGUGGAGAGCCUAAAGGACACGGUUGACGUCCACAAGAAGCUGACUGAUGAAGGAGAGAGUCUGGUCUGUGGGAGCUGUGAGACCAAGUCAGGAGCGGAGUCCUUCUGUACGGAAUGUGGCGACUUUCUGUGUGACGAAUGCGCCGCAAUGCACCGUCGAAUGAAGGUCUUAAGAGGUCACCAGGUGAUCGGUGUAGAGCAGCUCAAGGCCGAAUCCGACACCGUUAAGAUCAAGCCUCGCCCCCUGCCAUCGUGUAGGAUCCACUCACAGGAGAGUCUCAAGUUCUUCUGCAUUGACUGUAGCGAGGCUAUUUGUCAGGUCUGCACCGCUCUGUCCCACAAGGACCACAAGUAUGAGUAUUUCACCGACACAGCUGUGAAUGCAAAAGAGGCAAUACUCGGUCUUCUUGCGAAAACAGAGAAGAAGAUGGUGGAUCUUAAGAACGCUGACCAACUGGCGCACACACAGAAAGCCGAGCUGGAGAAAAAGGUCACCGAAACUAUCAAAAAGAUCAAGAAGAAGGCAGAGCAAACUAGGAAGGAUUUAGUUGCGCUUGUCAAUCAACAAGAGGCCGAGUUACUGGACAGUGUUAACACGGUGAGCCAGACCCGGAGUAAGGAGUUCUCCACCGCUAUAGAGGAGAUAGAAACGGCGACUGUGGCGUUAGAGAGCGCGGCAGAGUUUGGACGGAACAUCGUGGAACACGGGUCGGAGUUUGACAUCAUGGCAGUCAACGAGGAAGUGAGCGGUAGACUGACGAACCUGUUACAGGUAGAGCUUGCCAACAUCACAGACGGAUUAUCUGCGAAGGCAUACAUCGCUUUUGAGGAGGACAAGACGUCAUACAAGGUGAAGCCUUGCCUGGGAGAAGUGAAGACAACGCAGGGUAAGAGAAACGACAAGGUGAAGCCUCGCAUGGAAGAAGUCAAGACAACGCAGGAUUCAGGUUUCCGUACUGCCCGUUUCACGACCCUCGGUACCACCGGCUGUCUGGGCCCGACCAGCCUGGGGACCCACUACCGCGGACAGGACCACGAGGGGCUGGUGCAGCUGAAGGACGGGAUUCAGUACUUCACUGUACCAGAUACUGGGGAGUACAGGAUAGAGGCGGCAGGUGCUGCUGCAGGUUUUGGUGUUUAUGAUCCCAAGUCCGCCAGAGGGCGCGGUGCGGUGGUCAAGGGGGCCUUUCAAUUGCAGAAAGGUAGGAUUCCUGAUGAUCACCACAUUGUAAUAAAUGUACAAUCAUUCAACAGACUUAAGCAUUUACAAUUUACAUUUCUACCUGACGAUUUCUUUCCACUAGAUCUUGCGUUUACAAGCAAUAACACCGAAAGGGGAGACAACAACAAAUUAUUUUUUAAAGAUAAGGUACUCUAAAUAGGCAAAACACCAAAACUAAAUAUGUAAAGCAUUCCCUUCUCGUAAUUUCAGUAAGCUACGUCAAACAUUUAUCUAGAUGAUGCAUUGAAUCCUUUCGGCCUAACAUUCCAAAGGUAGGUGAAAAUAAUGACAAUUCAUUAAUGUAUAGUUUCUACUUCGGUAACAUUUUCGCGAUAGUUACAAUAUGUAAUA